CGUAAACAAAAAUGGCGGAUCCGUUGAGUUUACUGCGUCAAUACAAUGUUAAUAAAAAGGAAAUUAUCAAACGAGAUGGACAGAUUAUAUUUGGCGAAUUUUCGUGGCCCAAAAACGUUAAGACCAACUACCUUAUGUGGGGUUCUGGCAAAGAUGGAACCCCAAAAGAAUAUUAUACGCUGGAAUGUUUGCUUUUUAUAUUGAAAAACGUGUCUCUCACGCAUCCCGUGUAUGUCAGACAAGCUGCUGCUGAAAAUAUACCAGUAGUGAGGAGGCCAGAUCGUAAAGAGUUGCUAGCUUAUUUAAAUGGAGAAACGGCAAGUUGCCCUGCUAUCGAUAAGAGUGCACCUUUGGAAAUACCUACACAGGUCAAAAAGUCUGCCGAUUACGAUGGGCCUGAAAGUCUGGCUAAAAAGCCUCGCUUUGAGGAUACACAUGUACAGAAGGUGUGGGAGAAACUGGCUGCGAGGUUGGAUGCACCUAAAGAAGCUUCCGUAACAGUAGAUAAUAUUAAAUCUCUCUCGGAAGCUAUGUCUGCAGAAAAAAUUGCAGCUAUUAAAGCGAAACGUUUAGCCACAAAACGAACCACUAUUAAGGGAAAUGAUGAUAUUGGUCAAGAGUAUGAUUUUAGAGCUAUUUUAGACUUGGAUGUUGACAUUACAAAGGAUAUUAUAAGUCGUGAGAGGCAAUGGAGAACGAGGACAACAAUUUUACAGUCAACGGGAAAGACUUUUGCGAAAAAUAUUCUCGCCAUGCUGCAUAGCAUAAAGGCUAGGGAAGAGGGCCGCCAAAGACCUCCUCCACAACCUGUCAUGGUGACGCCCCGCCAAACACCUGUUAGACCUACCACACAACCGUCGGUAUAUAACAGAUACGAUCAAGAGAGAUUCAAUCGGCAAAAAGAAGAGACUGAAGGAUUCAAGAUUGAUACCAUGGGCACAUAUCACGGUAUGACCUUAAAAUCUGUAACAGAAGGUUCCGCCAAGGUUAAUAGACCUCAGCCGGCACAACCGCAGACUCCACUUCCGGUCAGUGCAGCAAGACCACCUCCGGGCGGACUCCAGAAGAGGGUAUCACGCACUCCCAUAAUUAUCAUACCGGCCGGUACGAACUCGUUGAUUUCGAUGUACAAUGCGAAGGAAAUUCUUCAGGAUUUAAGAUUUGUUACUCAAGAACAGAAGAAAGCGGAGGGUGGAAAGAGGGACAACGAAGUUUUGAUACAGAGGCAGAGAAACGGACAGACGGUUCCGUAUCGGGUGGUCGAUAAUCCGGCAAAGUUAAGUCCCAGCGACUGGGACAGGGUGGUGGCGGUAUGGGUCAUGGGCCCCGCUUGGCAAUUUAAAGGUUACCCCUGGGACACACCCGUUGAAAUUUUUGAUAAAGUUGCCGCUUUCCACUUGAAGUAUGACGAAAUGAAGACAGAUCCGAAUGUAGAGAAAUGGGCCGUUACCGUUAUACAGUUAUCGAGAACUAAACGACAUUUGGAUCGGGCAGCUCUCAUGAUCUUCUGGGAGAGACUCGACAAGCACAUUGUGCAAUUCAAGCCACAUCUGAGAUGGUAAGAAAAGUAGACUUUGGAUUUUAAACGGUGGAUGAGUAAACGGCGAAAUUGAUUGCUACAUUUCGGUCAAAAUUCAAAUUGGACAAAUAGGAAAUGGAUAAGCAUAGGAAUAGAAAUUGUACAGAAUUAGCUGUAUGUUUAUAGUUUAAUUUCAGUGAUCGUUAUUUUUAAGGUUUUACUUGAAAAACUAUUAACACGUAAGUUAUAUACAGAGCAUAAAAAAGUAACACACAAAUUCGAUAGAUCCAGGUAAGCAGAAAUAUACACUUUAUUUUUAAUGUAUUUUUUAUAAUUUCACAUAUACAGGGUGAACCAUGUCAGGGUAUUAAAAAUUGUUUUUUUUUCGUAGCCUUUCACUCAAAACUUUUUUUUUCUAAUUUUAAGAAAUUCGGUAGUUGUCUUGAUUUCAAUAACAGUUUUGAUCCGGAUGUGGUAAUUUCAAUGUGAGAGCGAAUAUUAACAAAUAAAAUUAGGUAAUAAAAAUAAUUUAUAAUUUUAUUAAUCUAUUAACAGAUGGCAAAAAUAUAUCGGAAACUGACUUCUUGGUGGAAGAGAUCUUAAUUUUUCAAAUACAAGUUUAAAAAAUAUACAUUUUGACCCCACCGAAUUUUUUGGAAAUUUGAUUAGUUCAUUUGGUUCCUAAUAAUUGUUUUUCAAAGGAAACAGAUCUUUUGAAUUUUAUCUGACAAAUGAACUGUUUUCAAAUUACUAUUUUUUACUUUUUAAGGAUCAGUAUCCCAAAAAAGUUAAAUUGUAAAUCUAUUUAUUCGUCUUUGUGGUACCUAAGCAAUUUAAAAUUAAAAAAAUAUAGAGCGACUUGUUUUACAAAUAAAAUAGAAGUGGCCUUCUUUUAUUGAAAUACAAUUCAGAAUCAAAUGCACUUGCAUUUCUAAUUAUAUUUGUAUAUAUAUUCAAUAACUUUUUUUUUACCUUCACUUGGUUAAGACCCUACAUCAAGUUUCGUUUAAUCUUAAUUUUUGACAGAUCAUAUGGGUAAUAAAAAAAAAUGUCGUUGAUGAUGCAUUUGGGCCACCAUGAACGCCCAUAUAAAGGCUAUGCAUUAAAUGUUAUUUUUUUUUGUCAAAAAAAUUGCCCAAAUCUAUCGAAUUUGUGUUAUAUGUAGACACUCUGUAUAUAUGGAAACUAUAAAAAAAUAUAUCGCAUGUAUUUAUAAGAUUUAUCUUGAGUUAUUGUAAUCAUUUAGAAUCAUGUUUUGUAAAUAAAUU